AUGAGGAGGGAAAACGGGGGUGCCCAGCGGAACACAGCCCAGUUAGGCACGGGGAGCCGCCAACAGCCCAACGCAGCCCAGGGGCCAGACAGGUGUGUGGGGAGGAAAGGCCGGACUCAAGGCCAGAAAGCAGAGCAGAUCACGGAGGGCCUACGGGCCAGACACGCAGACCCCGCGCUCACUGGACCGGACGGGCCGCCGGCAGCCCCAGCAGGCCCCCUGCGGGUGCGCCCGGAGCACGGGGGUGUGGACUCCGUCCCAGUCACAUCCUGCCGACAUCCGAGUCCAGCCGGCUGGCUCCUCGGGGUAAACGAGCGUUACUCUCGGGGCCAGCACAGAAAGGGUCAGACCCGCACGAAAAGAAAACCAUAUUUCAUGGCAGAGGACAAAGCUCCGGGGCCCAUCCUGAAGCCGCCGGUAUUUCGCGUUGAUGACAGCACACCCGAAGUGGUGCAGAGUGUCCUGCUGGAGCGUGAGUGGGACAAGUUCGAUAAAGGAGAGCAGAACGUGGAGGACUGGAACCUGUACUGGAGGACCUCCUCCUUCUGGAUGACCGAGCGCAGCAACAUCAAGCCGUGGCAACACCUCAACCACCACCCGGGCACCACCAAGCUCACCAGGAAGGACCAUCUGGCCACACACCUGAAGCACAUGAAGAAGAUGUACGGCCCGCCCCUGUACGAGUUCAUCCCCCUGACGUUCAUCAUGCCCAAGGACUACAACAAGUUUGUGGCCGAGUACUUUAGGGAGAAGCACGUGCUGGGCGCCAAGCACAGCUACUGGAUUUGCAAGCCUGCCAAACUCUCUCGCGGGCGGGGCGUCAUCAUUUUCAGUGACAUUAAAGACUUAAUCUUUGAUGAUACAUACGUAGUACAGAACUAUAUCUGCAACCCUCCCCUUGUGGGCAGAUAGAAAUGUGACCUCCGCAUCUACGUUUGUGUCACCGGCUUUAAGCCUUUGACCAUUUAUAUUGAUCAAGAAGGGCUAGUGCGGUUUGCCACGGAAAAGUCUGACCUCAGUAAUCUGCAGAAAAAUUAUGCCCAUUUGGCCAACAGCAGCAUCAAUAAAUCUGGGGUCUCGUAUGAGAAAAUCAAAGAAGUGAUUGGUCACGGCUGCAAGUGGACCCUCAGCAGAUUCUUCUCCUACCUUCGCAGUUGGGAUGUGGACGAUCUGCUUUUGUGGCAGAAAAUCAACCACAUGGUUAUUCUCACGGUGCUCGCCGUUGCUCCCUCGGUCCCCUUCGCGACCAACUGCUUUGAGCUCUCUGGAUUUGACAUUUUGAUUGAUGAAAACUUGAAACCGUGGCUUCUAGAGGUCAACUUCAGCCCCGCCCUGUCCGUAGAUUGUUCGGCGGACGUAUCAGUGAAGAGGAAGCUUAUCCAUGACACCACUGAGCUGAUUUACUUGCAGGGUCUAAGAAACGAGGCCAGAUGUCGUGACAGUGUUGAGGGGAGCCGCAGCGUCUCCCUCGCCAAGCCGGACGCGGGGAGACUCAGCAAGGCUUGUAGCACUCUGUCCCGUGAGUCCCUUUCACAGCUCACAGGUAAGACAUUUAAGGAUGAAUCUGCUGUGAAGAAAGCCGUAAAAACACGCCCUGAAAACAAACAUGCCUCCCAGCCAAGGGAAAUGACAAGCAGGAAGAAGGACCUACUUCGGUCAACAAAAGAACCCCCCAAAACCAAGCCAAAGCUAAAGGGUAGACACCUGACCCAUAAGACGCUCUUUCCAUUCAUGUCACUCAUUCAGUCGUGUGUGGGCAAGACCAGCAUCUCCCUGUGCGUCCCCUCGGACAACAGCAAGGUGCCAGAUCUCCAAGCAGGGAACUUUGUGCUCAUUUUUCCUUUCAAUGAAGCUACUUUUGGAGCUUCUAGGAAUGGAUUAAAUGUCCAAAGAAUAAUCCAGGAGCUCCAGAAACUAAUGAAUAAGCAACAUCCCCACCUGGUGGAAAAGGGAGCAAAGAGAAGGUGA